UCGACGCUUUGCUUUGUUAAGAUUGAUUUGCAAUAUUAUUAGUGCUUGGUCUCAAAAACUUCCAUAAUGGAGACAAUUUUGGAGCAGCAAAGAAGUUAUCAUGAAGAAAGAGAACGUACUAUGGAUGCUAUGGUCAAGGAAAUACUGCAUAAAAAAACUGGACACCGAGAAACAAUUAAUGCUGAUCAUCGUCUGAAAAAUUUGCAUGAUCGUUACAUUGAAUCAACUAUCAGGCUUAAAGAGCUGUACGAAGAUAAGGAUGGCUUACGGAAAGAGGAAAUUGCUGCAUUAUCUGGGCCUAAUGAGUUUCAAGAAUUCUAUGCCAGACUCAAGCAAAUCAAAGAAUUUCAUAGGAAACACCCCAACGAGAUUUGUGUGCCAAUGUCUGUAGAGUUUGAAGAGUUGGCAAAGAUCAGGGAGAAUCCUGCUGAAGAUUUCACAACUCCUGUAGAGUUUACAGAUGAAGAAGGGUAUGGUAAAUACCUUGAUUUACAUGAGUGCUAUGAAAAAUACAUAAACUUGAAAGGCAUUGAGAAAGUGGAUUACAUCACAUACCUGAGUAUAUUUGACCACCUCUUUGACAUUCCCCGUGAACGCAAAAACAGUGAAUAUAGAAACUACAUUCGAGCAUUAUUGACAUAUCUGAAGGAUUUUGUCAGUCGAGUGAAGCCUUUGUUGGAUCAAGCUCAAGAGAUGGCGACUGCUCAUCAGGAGUUUGUCAAGCAAUGGGAGGCUGGCUCAUUCCCCGGCUGGCCAAAAGAAACUGGCGGUGCUUUGACCAAUGUUGGUGCCCAUUUGGACCUCUCAGCCUUUUCUUCGUGGGAGGAAUUGGCUUCCUUGGGGUUGGACAGAUUGAAAUCUGCCUUGAUGGCCCUUGGGCUUAAAUGUGGAGGCACUUUGGAAGAAAGAGCGCAAAGGUUAUUCAGUACAAAGGGACAAACUGCCCUGGAUAAGUCAUUGGUUGCUAAGAAGGGAGGGAACAAAGCUAAGGCUUCAACUCAGCAGAGGCACAAAGAUAUUGCUGCUAUUGAAGCUCAAGUGUAUAGAUUCGCGGGAGUAGUAAGCGGCACGCGCUCAUCGACCAUAGAGAACGUAACCCGUCGGGCUGCGCGUGCGGCGGGCGAGAGGCGUGACGACAGCGGCGACGAGAGCGACGCGUCUGCUGCUCCCGAUAUAGACUCUGACGACGACGAGGUCCCCUAUAACCCUAAGAACCUGCCGCUGGGCUGGGACGGCAAGCCUAUACCGUACUGGCUGUACAAACUCCACGGCCUGAACAUCAGCUACACCUGUGAGAUUUGCGGUAACUACACGUACAAGGGCCCUAAAGCUUUCCAGCGCCACUUCGCCGAAUGGAGACACGCCCACGGCAUGCGAUGCCUCGGCAUACCCAACACCGCACAUUUUGCGAAUGUUACUCAAAUUGAGGAUGCCCUUGCUUUAUGGGAGAAAAUCAAGCACCAAAAAGAAAAUGAGCGGUUUGUCGCCGAGAAUGAUGAAGAGUUUGAGGAUUCUCAAGGAAAUGUAGUGAAUCGGAAGACGUACGAAGAUUUAAAACGUCAAGGACUUUUGUAAUUUUUAAGAUAGGUAGUUGAAGUAUUUUGAAUAGUCAAAUCUUAUAAUAUGCAUUGAAUAAAAGGGAUAUUCAAUAA